AUGGCCCAUGUGGCCGCGUUCCGCGACUACUCCGAGCUCAUCAUGAAGUCGGCCGGUCCGCCGACUUCCACCGACGGCUCCACCAACUCGCUGAGGUCGUUGCCUCAGGGUGCUUCGACUCCAUCUAGUGCCGGCACCUCGGGAUCCACCCCGGCCGUCGCCAUGCCCCCAGUCCACGCCUUACCUUCGCUGGUGGGCACUGGACUGGAGCGGGUGUUUCAUCUGCUGGCCUUUGGGGGCAAGUGUGGCCUACAUUGGAAUCACUACACGGCACAGACGAUCCAGAGCUCCAAGGUGAGGUCGUGACACUUCUGGUCAUAAAUCAUUUCAAGUGCCACUUUAUUUUAUUUUUAGCCUCAUUUGACGUUUUUAGGGCAAAUUUUGAAAUUUUAAAGUUAGUAAGCGGUGUUCAUCUUAAAAUUUUACUUUUUGUAGCCAGCUUCAGUCCUGAUGUUCAACAAGAAGUCGAACGUCAAAGCGCCAGCUCGGAUCGGUCGAAUCAACCGGCUGGCACUGGUCGAUUUACUUAAAUACGGCUCCAGCCAGCUGUCAGCCCUGUCCCACCCUCGCCUUCUGAAGUGUUUGGGGCCACUGACCGAGUCGAAGUAAGUCAAAGAACAUUGUUUUAGAUAUUAAUGCUUUCCGCUUCUAUGGAUACGUUUGGUGCACUUUAAUUCGGGGGAUUAAGUAUUACAACAAACAGAGAGUAACAUUACAAAACAUUAAUUUAGUACAAUUGAAUUCGAUUAGCUGAUAAGGUGAUUACAAAGGAAUGAAAUUUAGGCAAUACCUACUACAAUAUGUUUAUAUGUUAUGACAAUAUUGUUAUAGGAAACCUGUCAAAGCUGCUCUAAGAUAUUUCCAACAAAACGCUGUUCUUAACGUUAAGGGAAUUUAAAUUUAUGUUAAUUCGCGAAAUUUAAUUUCUGUUAUCUUCAGAGAUGUCAUCUGUCUGCUCAUCGAGCCAAUCCUCGGGAGUCUCGACACUUUCCUCGAGAUUUACACUUUGGAGCGAUUAGAGAUUAAGCUCGGCAUCUUACAGGUAAUAGCUCCGCUUAGUUUGGCCAUAAAAUAGUUCUUCUGGCCUAAAAACGUCAAGAAUUGACCGAAAGCAACAUAAAUUGGGCGGAAAAUUUGAAAAUAAAUUGUGUUUUUGGGAGACUUAUGCCUAAAAUAAUAUUAAAAAGGUAGUUUUUGACUUAAAACAAUAUUUUGUUACCUAAAAUGUGAGUUUUUAGCCUAAAUUAAAGAAAAACUUGCUCUGACUGACCAAAAUAAAAAACAAAAACUUAAUUUCCAGCUGAUAGACGGCCUAUCAUACCUCCACAACAGUGCCAAGAUUCUGCACGGCAAUCUGAAUCCCCAAUCCAUCUACGUCAGCUGCUCCCAACAGUGGAAGAUCGGAGGAUUCCGGUUCUCCGUGCCCGCCAAGAAGGAGGACCUGUUCCCAUGUUACUCGUGGAGCAAGAAACUACCUCCCGAGCUUCAGCCUGACCUCGACUUCCUGGCUCCAGAAUACCUCGCUCCCAACAAUAAUCAUGUGACCACUUCGGCCGACGUCUUCUCGCUCGGAGUGCUGAUAUGUUGGAUAUAUUCAGGUGGAACUAAGAUUAUUGAUGCCAGGAAUAACACUGAUAGCUACACGAUCGUCGUGGAUCAGUUGGAUGCCGCUUUGGAAGUGAUUUCUGACAAAUUGGGGCCGAACCUGAAGGAAUCUUUGUUGAAGGUACUGAGUAAGGAGGUGGAUCAACGACCUCAGGUUCAGAUGUUGGCGCUGGUGAGUGAUUGUAGUGUUUUGAAAGGGUCAUGAGGAGUAUAGGUCUACUAAAAUAUAAUUUUUUCGGAAUUUGUUAAAUGAGAGGUAUUAAAAUAAACUUUUCAGACAAAACAUUUCGAUGAUAGUGCCCUAACAGCGAUGCGACAGCUGGAUGAUAUUGCUCAAGAGUUCGAUCCCACUCACAAGUCCCACUUCUUGUCACAAACUCUUGUUGCUGCAUUGCCAGACAUUCCUGAGGUAAGAUUAAUGUAAAAUACGGUCUAAAUAUUAGCAUAUUGAUAUCCAAAGAGAUCGUUUUACUUUGAAGCAUUUCCUUUCUCACGUUUCAGAAGAUUUGGUUCACAAGGAUAAUGGCCAGAUUCACAGAGAAUCUGUAUGAUUCUCCAGAAACCUUCACGGCUCUACUACGACCUCUAACGUGCAUGUUGAGUCACUGUGAAAGUCAUAACAUUCACAAGUUACGACCAUGGUUCCGGCACAUUCUGGAGAACGUGACCAACGAUGUAGCUGUAAGUACUCGAUUAUAUUGUUGUAGGUUUAGUUUGCAGCGUUUCUAUGCUUUUUGGCGUUAGUUAUACCUAAUUAUCUUAUCUAUAUUAGUGCCUAAAUUUAAAUUUAGGUAGAGUACUGUCUUUUACAUUAUUUAAUGACGUUAUAGUAGCUAUAGUAAGACUUCUGAAUUUAUGUUAUAUCGUUUUCUAUAGACACUUUUGACGUUAUGUUACUUUCAGCUCACUCAAGCCGUCUUCGACAACAUAUCCACCAUCUUUCGUCGCUUGAACGACGAGAUGGUGGAAGACAAGUGCCUGGAGAUCAUUCUGAAUCUGCUACGAUGCGAAGAUAACCAUCUGAAGCAGUCCGCCUUGAGAGCCAUACCUCACAUCGCCGAGUACGUGCCCUUGUGGUACAUCAACAAGAAACUGGUGCCUAUCUUCAACGAGAUGUCUGCCUUCUUCGAUAAUCAUGUGCCGGUAAGACGCGAUUAGUAAUGUUACUGUAAUGAGAUGGUUAAUAUAAUUCUUGUUAUUACAGGUACUGCCAUAGUUGUUUUAUUAUGUAAGCUAUGUUAUACUACUACAAUUAUGUUACUGUAGAUAUUGCUGACCUAACUUUAUCUUUUUUCAGCGUCAAAUCGACCUUCUAGUAGCCAUAGCCCAUCUGAGUGAUCGUUGUGACUCUCUCACCAUGUACAACCUCUUAAGCGUAGCCUCUAUCUGUACCAAACAUCAUCCAGCCAUAGUUCACAGUAAAUCCAGGCUAGUCCAACGUAUCAUAACGUGCGAUGUUGGGCGACUAAAGGAUACGAAUGUGAUCACAACCCAUCUUCUGACUCCACUCGCUUCUGGAUUGGCGUUACCUGAACUAAGCUCGGCUCACUUCGACGACGUCAUGAGCUCGGUCAGGAUCUUGCUGGACAUUAUUGAACAGAUACGAUAUGAGUCUGACGAUCACAAGAUGCGACCGUCGGAUGGAGGGUGAGUUAGACUUUGGAAUGUUAAAUUAUAUUGUUGUAGGCUUAUCGUUUGAGAAGCGAUAACAAUUUCUUUAACAGUAUAAUAUAUUGUUAUAGGUGCUUUUAUAUGUUGUAGUAGAGUCUUUAGUUUGAUUCCAAUCAAUUUUUCGUAUAAUUCUAGAAGACUGUGUAGCCGCCGAGUCAGUAUGAGCAGCAAUCACCUCCCCCGUCUCCUGAUCACAGCUGCCCGACCCUCAUUCAGUGGUGAUGGUCGAAAGAUGUCGUUUCUCUCGGCCGACGGUCGAUUAGAAGAUCCCAGAAGGCGGGAGUCGAAGGAUUCUCGCGGCUCCAUAGAGUCGGACGUGUCUCUGAAGAUAGGGAACGGUAGCGACGUGUCAGACGAGAGUCAGGUCAUGUCGUCUACAGGUACGGAGACGAGGAGGAAGUCGUGGCUGGAAGGCUACAUGCACACCGUGUCCUUGGAACAGAGCUCUCAGUUGGAUGUGGGGUUGAAUACGUAAGGAUAUAACUUAAUGUGUUCUUUAUAUUAUACACUAUUAUAUGCAUAUAUACACUUUUACACGUAGUUGUUACCUAUUUACCUCCAUUUUGAUACUAUUUGGUCAGAAACUAGAUAGAAAAGUCAAUAUAAAAUCAAUUUUUUAUCAUAACUAAUAAUUCUACAAACUUUUUGACCAAGUAUUUAUAUAUAUUAAUCUGUACUUUAAUUGGUACAAGGUUUCGCUCAAACGGUUACAUAAUGUAAACAUUCAGAGUAAGAAAACAACGCCAAAGCGAACGAAGGUCAAGGACCAGAUCUCCAACUAACGAAGCUUCAGAUGCCCGACCGGCUCGACCCAACUCCUUCACGAAUCUGGGUCACAAUCUGGUAGGUAACCUACUGUAACAUCUGGCUUUUUACAUUUCUUACUACACCUAUAGAGCUCUUAAAGUACAUGAUUCGUGGUAAAGGUCAUAACAACUACUGUAGGCUAGCUAUCUUUGAUGGAGUACUGUACUUUUUGGGCUUUAUAUACUGUGCCUUUUAGGCUUUGUUUAGCUAGCUUGGAUACUGUAACUUGAGUACUGUAUUUUUAAAUUAACAUACUGAGCUUAUAUCAUUUUAGUGCAAGAUUUUUUAAAACUUACUGUACUUUUAUACUGUAACUUUCGAUUUACUGUACUUUUACUCAUUGAAACCCUACAGUAAGCUGACUACGGUAAUUGCAGGCGUGCACUCUGUGGAAGACGUUCUACUGA